UAAUUAUGAUAGGUUUCAUAUGGAUCCCACCGUGAGAUUAAAUUGUUGUAUGUACAAUGAUUGUAAUGAAUAUCAUUAAUUUCAGCAUCUGUCCUAAAAAAAUCUGAGCAGCAGGAGUCGCAUUUUCAACUAUAAAAAGGGAAACACAUCAAAACUCACCACAGGCACAGCUACUAUUCUUUAUAGUUUUCAAGCUUCACCACUCCUUUCUAAGAACCCAUUUCUCUAUCCUUCUAUACAAGAGGAAAAAAUAACAAAAAAGAUGAUGAGGAGUCUCCUAGUACUCUUAGUGUCCAUCUUCCCUGUUCAUGCUGUAAUUCUAAGCAUUAUUGGCAGCAACUUGAUAGACCAAACCUGCAAGCAGACACCCUAUUAUGAACUUUGUGUGUGGUCUCUUAUAUCAAACCCUCAAAGCUUUAGUACUGACGUUAAAGGUCUAGCAAAGAUAAUGGUUUUCACCAUUGAUGCUAAGGCAACCCAUACCGUUAAACAUAUCAACAACCUGCUUCAACGCAGCAGCAGCCUUAGCGAAAAGGAGAGACAAGAAUUGAAAGCUUGUGCUGAUCGUUACAGUGUGAUUAUAAAGGGAGACGUCCCGCAGUCCAUUGAUGCUCUGCGCACAGGUGACUAUAAGUUUGCUCAAGAAGGUACAUAUGAUGCUGCUACUGAGGCCAUGUCUUGUGAAGAAGAAUUCUCCUGUCACCAUUCCAAGCUGUCUGAUAUGAAUAUGGUGCUCCAUGACGUCUCCGUUGUGGCUGCUUCCAUUGUUAAGGUAAUUCUAAGCAGUUGAGUGUUGAGAUAUAUGUUUUUCUUUCGUUGCUUAAUUUCUUUCUAAGGAAAUCCCAUAAUAAUUAAGUUUCUUUUUUUUUUUUAAGUUAAUAAACUUUUUAAAUUUAUUUAUUUUUUCACCAUUUUGGAUCAGACAAAUUUUGUCAUUGAUUAAUAUUUUCAUUUGAUCGAUUGCAUACAAGUGGCUUCAAGCUAUGUCAUUGGCGGUAUUAGUGAAAAAA